AAUCUGGUCACGUCUAUGGAGUACAAAUUGGGUGCACCGGGCCAUCGCUUUGGAGAAGGCCUCACAGGCGGACUUCUCCAAGGCAGAUUGCAACUGGGACGAAGGUCAAUCAGAACAAGGAGAUGAGAUAGUGGAGAGAGGAAUAAACAAGACCAACGCGAGUCUCGGAAAGGAACAAUAA